ACUUCAUUCAACAUGUUUAUUUUUUAUUCUUUGCUUUCUAUAAUGAUUAUCGCUGUACAUGUAUGCUGUUACACCGAAGUGAAUGUACGAGGGACAAGAAACAAAGAUGAAUUGUCUGUGGAUGACGGGAGGAUAGAUGAACUGAUGAGCAUAUUGCAAGGUAGUUGUGUACAUGAAAAUCCCGAUCAGACUGUUAAACAACUAUUGCAGAAUACAAACACCAUUCUCAAAAAUAUAAAUGUUUAUAAAGAAAUCGUGAAGAAGAACAAGAUGCUUAGGAAGGAGCUUACGUGGAUAAUUGAAGAAUCUAAAGGUCAGAAAGAAACUUCCAGAAUUGUUGAUCUGAUCAAAAAAGGUGUAAGAGAUGUAUGUGCUCCCAAGAAGUACAAAGACUGUAGUGGAAUAAGUAGUAACAUAACGAAUUCAAAGACAUUAUUGGUUAUUCAGAGAAGAAUCGAUGGAUCUACGGACUUCUUUGGUAGAACUUGGAACGAGUACAAAGACGGAUUUGGUGAUGUACAAAAAGAAUACUGGCUAGGUAACAAAUAUUUGAAUAUCCUGACCUCAAGUGGUAAAUAUGAACUUAAAGUGGACUUGGUUAAUACCAAAUAUCUAAAGACAUAUGCAGUUUAUAAGACGUUUGUUGUUGGUGAUGAAAAUUCCAAGUACAAAUUAACUAUUGGUGAUUACACAGGAACUGCAGCAAACAGAAUGAAUUACAACAAUGGUAAAUCAUUCACCACCAAGGACAGAGACAAUGAUUCUAGAAGUGGUAACUGUGCUACUAUCAUCAACGUUGGGCCAUGGUGGAAUGACAACUGCAGUUAUGUUUCUCUAAAUCUGGACUUGAAAAAAUCUAAAAUGAGAUGGUUUGCUUUUGAUUUUAUCAAAGCUGAAAUGAAGAUCAGAAAAAUCAACUAAAAGACGUU